AUGGCGGCCGAAAUAAAGCCUGCACCGCGGAGUGCUAAUGACCGUUUCUGCACAACGAAAAAGCCGGAAUUGCUGAGCAAGCUGGAGGGCAGUAACGAUGACGUGAACGCGGCCGUACUGAUCCCGGGCGAGGACGGUGUUAUCAGUGUUUGUGAUGGCAAAACGAUACGGGUAUGGCAGAAACGCGAUUCGGGACAGUAUUGGCCGUCGAUCUGUCAGUACAUGCCAUCGGGAUGUACGUCACUGUGCUACACACCAGAAACGAGAACACUGUUCAUUGGCCAAGAGAAUGGAACAAUAUCGCAGUUUACGCUGUCGGAUGAUUGCAACAGGCUGACACCGAUCCGGGAGUAUCUGGCGCACCAGGCACGCAUCACCAGCGUCACGUUUGCCAAACACACCGGAUGGAUUCUGUCGGUUGGAAAGGACAAAUUCUUCGCCUAUCAUAGCACCGAAACAGGUGAACGGAUCGGUUGCUACACAUUCGAAGCGAUGUGCACCGCUAUGCAGUAUGACGCCUUAUCUAAGCAUGUGUUUGUUGGAGAUUAUAGUGGACAAAUAACGAUGCUAAAGCUGAGCGGUACUGGUGCCACAAUGGUAACAACGAUGAAGGGCCACUCGGGGUCGGUUCGCUCGCUGUACUGGGCGGAAGGGCCUCAGCUACUCUUCAGUGGAUCUCAGGAUCAGUCCGUAAUCGUGUGGGAUGUUGGUGGCAAGCGUGGUACUACCUAUGAACUACACGGACACAACAAUAAGGUGUCUUCCCUGUCGUACGGUUCGAACACGCAACAGUUGAUAUCGGCCGGCGAAGAUUCGGUGAUUGUGUUUUGGGAAAUGAAUGCCAUGCGCAAGGUAACGCCCGAAUGGGUCGAAUCGGACACGUGUCAGCUGUGUACGCGAGCGUUUUUCUGGAAUUUGCGUGCGAUGAUCGAUCAGAAGCAGAUCGGCAUACGACAGCAUCACUGUCGCUACUGUGGUAAAGCGGUGUGUGACAAAUGCUCGACCAAUCGGAUCAACAUACCGAUCAUGGGCUUCGAGUUCGAUGUGCGCGUCUGCGACCAGUGUCACCAGCGGUUGAAAAGUGAAGAACGACCCUCGCUGGCAACGUUCCACGAUGCAAAACACAGUAUCGUCGGGAUGGAUUUGGAUGAACCGCGGAAAAGAUUACUGACCGUCGGGCAGGACCGUAUCAUCAAGAUCUGGGAUCUAUCCUCCAUCUGGGGUUAG